AUGCAUUUUCAUCAUCGUCACCAUGGAGGAGAGCCUAAUAAUUAUGGCUCAGAGUCGUUGAAAAACGAUCGCGAUGUUGGCCUCUCAUUUUUAUAUCACGCAACAAAAACUGGCACACGCUUGAGUUAUCCAGAACUUACAACAUAUUAUUCAUUAUCAUAUUUACCAAUGGCAUACUUAUCGAAAACGAAUGCACGUUCAAUUCAAUCGAAUUUUCAAAUUUUACUUUAUAAUUUUCUUGAAAGACCGGCCGGACUAAAAUGCUUUUUUUAUCAUUUUUUUGUAUUUAUGGUGGUGCUUGUUUGCCUAGUUCUAUCAGUAUUAUCAACCAUUGAAAGGUUCUCAUCAGCUAUAUCAAUACAUGUUUAUUGGAUUGAAAUAUUUCUUGUUGUUUUCUUUGGCGCUGAAUAUGCUUUAAGACUUUGGUCAGCCGGCUGUCGAAGUAAAUACAUGGGCGUAGCAGGACGUUUUCGUUUUGCACGAAAACCUAUUGCUGUGAUUGAUUUAAUAGUUAUCGUUGCAUCAACGUUGAUGAUAACAUUAGCCACCGAUAGGCAAACAUUUGCUGCAUCAGCAAUUCGUGGUGUUCGAUUUUUACAAAUUCUACGUGUUUUACACGUUGAUAGACAUGGUGGCACAUGGAGAUUGUUAGGAAGCGUCGUUUAUAUUCAUCGACAAGAAUUAAUUACAACACUGUAUAUUGGAUUUCUUGCGUUGAUUUCUUGUAGUUAUCUCGUUUAUAUUGCAGAAAAAGAUGAAAAAGGUGAAAAUAUUCGAGGUGCAAAAGGAAACGAUAGUCAUUUCGAAUCAUAUGCUGAUGCAUUAUGGUGGGGUGUUAUUACUAUAACAACAAUUGGAUAUGGUGAUGUUUAUCCGAUAACAUGGGUCGGAAAAAUAAUUGCAGCUUGCUUUGCCAUAUUUGCAAUAUCGUUUUUUGCUUUACCAGCUGGUAUACUUGGUUCUGGUUUCGCUCUUAAAGUCCAACAAAAACAACGACAAAAACAUUUUUCUCGACAAAUUCCAGCGGCAGCAACAUUAAUUCAGGCAGCAUGGCGUGUCUAUGCAAGUGCGCCUGGUUCAUCGUGUGUCGCGACAUGGAAUAUAUAUUUGCAUGUUGGUGAUCCAAAUCUGUCAUCAUCAAAUAAUAAAACAUACUCAACAACUAAUCAAACUUUCGGUGAAAAAACGGCCGAAAAACUUCGAUAUCUACGUUUAUCGGGUGCAGUACGAAAAAGUCGACCAAAACGGAAUAGUCAAGCAUCACCGAGUCUUUUACAAUCACCAAGAAUGAGCGAUACUCGAAAUUCAACUUCAUCAACAUCGAAUACAACAGGAUGCUAUUUAAUAUCGUCAAACGAUCAUGAUGAUGAAGAUUUUGAAGAAGAACCAAUUAAACUUUGGUCUUUAACUGAAGAUCACAAACGAAUGAUUCGUUGUGUUCGUAAAAUGCAAUUAAUCGUUGCUCGUAAACGUUUUCAACAAGCACGAAAACCUUAUGAUGUACGUGAUGUACUUGAACAAUAUUCACAUGGACAUAUUAACAUGAUGAUGCGAAUUAAAGAACUACAACGAAGACUUGAACAUAGUAUUGGUAAACAACCACCAUUAACUAAUGAGGAUCGUUCGAAGCUAACUGUUCUUGCACGUAUGCAACGUGUUGAAUGUGCAAUUAUUGAUAUGAAACAAACCAUGGACAAGAUUUAUACUUCAUUAAAGCGUAUAGAUGAUAGACUCCAUCAUGUAUCGAUUAGCAACAUGUCUCAUCAUCGAUCAGUGCGAUCAAAUAAUUAUCAUGCAGGUGUAAAAUUUUCUUCUGUUGACCAAGAAAUUCCAUGA